AUGGCAGAAGCACAGGAUGCCCAUGUAAAGCUUUACUGGCUGAACAAGUCCCGCGCGCAAAACAUUCUAUGGCUCCUCGAGGAACUCAAUGUCAAGUACGAUGUCAAGCUGUUCCACCGUAGCAAGGAGACAAUGCUGGCACCGCCUGAGCUGAGCAAGGUCCACCCACUCGGCAAGUCGCCUGUCAUCGAGAUCACCCCGCCUGGCUCCACGGACUCGAUCAAGCUGGCAGAGAGCGGCUUCAUCACGCAGUAUCUCUGCGACCACUUCCCUGAGGGCCAGCGCCUCAUCCCGCAGAAGUGGAAGGAAGGCAGGGAGAACCAGAUCGCUGGUGAAACGGAGGCCUGGAUGCGGUACCAGUAUCUGCUGCACUAUGUCGAGGGCAGCCUGAUGCCCAUACUCGUCAUGACGCUGAUCAUCUCAUCGCUCAAAUCCCCAAAUGUGCCCUUCUAUGUCCGUCCCAUCACGACGGCCGCCGCCAACAAGGUCAUCGCCAUGGCUGUCUUCCCCAACGCUAAGAAACACCUCGCCAUGAUUGAGCAGCUGCUUGAGACGGUGCCUGAUGGAGGCAGCUAUAUCUGCGGUAAGACGCUAUCCGCGGCCGACAUCCUCCUUAGUUUUGCCCUCAUCGCGGGUGAGCAUCGCUUUGAUGCCAUGGGUGAGUGGCCCGGUGGCUCGGCCAAGGCGGCGCACCCCAAGGUCUUUGAGUACAUCCAGCGCCUCAAGCAGGAGCCUGGUUACAAGCGCUCGACGGACAAGAUUCGAGAGCUCGAUGGAGAGUUUGAGGAGCCGGCAGCUUUGAAGAAGUAA